AUGCAAUGCAAACUUACACCACAUUACACCACACAGUACAAUGAUCAGUGGUCAGGAUUCAGUUGUCUUCGAUUUGAAAAAAUUUUUUCUGGAUAUUUGGCCCCUACGACGGUUAGUCUUAUGCGCAGUUCACAAGAUAAUUUUACAGAAAUAAAGACUGACAUUGAUUCGCAAUCAUUUAAGGGUCUUUUGAAAUUAUAA